UGAAUAUUGAUGUUUUCUUCAACUGCGCGUCAUUCAAACGGGAACAUUCAGCAACACUGCCUUCAGAAAUCCCUCCGCGGGAGACUUCGCCGCCUUGUUUUAAAUGCAUAAUUCAAUGUUUCAUUUCACAGUUGUCAGUUUAUGAAGCACAUUUAAAUGAGCGCGGUGUAGCUCGAGGGCUCCCCCUGCAGGCACGUCGCUUCAGCCCUGUCCCAAAUAGUCACCCCCAUUGUCAUGACCUGACUGUAAUAACGCCCGCCGUCCAGGUGCGCAGGUCAGUGAGGAGAGCGAGGCUCGGCGUUGCCACGUCUGAGGCCAGAAUGUCACUCACGUGUUGCUCAAUUGGAGCCAACACUUCUGAGGAGCCCACCUCACCAGUGAUGUUGAAUCACGACUCGCCCUCUGUGAGCUGCUGAGAGACCAAAGACCAGGAUCAGUGAGUCUCCCUCCUGGCUACUUCAGGUAGAAACACAUCUAAAUCCCUUCUAUUCAUGAGUCUGAACUGUGAGUCUCGUGAAGGUCAGACUCAGGACGAGGUUUUGACACCUGGUCUGGGGUUCUGUCUUGUGUGUCGGAGUCUCGCUGACUUCCUGUUCAAAUCCACGCCGUGAGCCUGGACGGUCCGUGACCCGACCUCUCGCCUGGAGUGGGGCUCAAUGAGAAGCAGCCUGUGUUUGUGUUCUGACAAGAGAUUGACAUGAAUUCACAAUGAAUUUCAGUCAAGAGUCGACCUUGGAAGUGGUGUUUACCAUCUGCUGUUGCCAUGGUUGCAAAGUCCAGGAGGAGUUGAUUCUGCAGUAAGUUUUCAAGGUGCCAAUGUCAGCCUCCAGUUGAACAUGGAGCGCAGAAGUUGACCUUUGUUGUGCCCCUCUGACCUGGUGCUCCGGAGCGGCGUGGCCAGUGUUGGAGUCCUGCUGAGGGGUUUGGUGGAGGAUUGUUGCUUGAGCUUCUCCUGCUGCUGCUGGGCUCAGCAGCAGAACCUCGCGCUGGAUUAUCAUGAAAGUAGCCUCCUCGGCGCUGUGUUUGUGCCUCUAAAACUCUUGUUGUUGCGGUGUCAAGCAUAAUCUCUCAAAUCCCUGCUGGAAAUAUCUGGAAUGCAGUGUUCACCAGGCCCAUUUCUCAGUGCUGUGCCGCGGCGAGGGAGUCGUGCUCCUGCAGACGAGAUAUUUUUAUGGAAAUGAGUGCAGAGACACUUGUUUGGGUCCUGAGGGGAGCCAGAGAAAAAGGGGGCAACAAGAGAUUUCAGAGCGACGUGUUCUGGGAUUCGUGUUCCCGACCUGAAGCAGCGCGUGGCCUCGAUGGUGGUGACGGCGGAGGCACGUCGGCUCAGUGACUCACGCAGGAGCGUUGCCGUGUUCACUGAGGUCCCUCAUGACGUCUCCGCCCAGCGAGGGCAGGACGUGGAGAUGGCGUGCUCCUUCCGAGGUGCUGGGACGCCGUCGUACUCGCUGGAGAUCCAGUGGUGGUACAUCCGGAACCACCAGGACUGGACCGACACGCAGCCCUGGACCACCAACCAGGUGGCGCCAGAGGAGGAGCUGCCGCAGGACGCCACCAAGAUCAGCGUGGUAAAGGUGGUCGGCAGCAACAUCUCCCACAAGCUGCGUCUCUCUCGGGUCAAACAGUCCGACGAAGGCUUCUACGAGUGCCGAGUCAUCGACUACAGCGACGACGCAGGAGCGCGCCGCCACCGCGUCAGAGCCUACCUGCAGGUGGCGCCGGACAGCUCGGACGGAACUUACGACGACAACUUCCAGCUCCCCGACAGCACCAAGCCAGGAUACGAGGAGACGCACGGAACCAGGCAGCGCCACCCGGAGCAUGGGAGGCGCUCUGCGCCGCGUCAGCAGCCGCAGCCGCGCAAGAGAGACGCGCACAGCCACGACUGCUCCAACGAGGCCAGCUGCUCGCUGUAGUCCGGCCCCACAGACUGAGUCACAUGACCCGCCUUACCAGCCCAAACCCACUCAUCGCGUCCAUGCUCCCGCUCACCGCGCCAGACUCCAAAGAUUCUGCUCCACCAAGGUCCACGUGUUCCGUUCGUGCACUCCAGCUUUACUUCAGCGCGUCAUGUGACCUCCCCAGCCUCAAGUGUAAAUACUGAAGGACUCCCUCGUGCAUGUUGGUCACAGUGUGGCGUUGGAGUCGAGCAGCGUUUCGAGUGACUCGACGUGACUCGCCUGUAUUAAGACUUUCAGAGCUCUGCGUCUCUUGAGCUCCUCUCACCGAUCUCCCUUCCUCAACAUCCAGUCUCCUCCUCACGCGUGUGUUUACACCUUUAAAUUAAACUUGGAUACGAAACGAGACUCUUGUUUUCAUUCUGACAA